UAUUUUACCAACAAGUUAUACAUAAUAGUAGGGAGGCUUGUCAGAAUGUUGACAAUAGAAGGCUUCUAUCGCUUUUUGGACAUGUUUCACAUUUUUCUAAGGCUCCCACGAAUGUUCAUUUGCAUCAUAACUUUCCCAGUCCACCAGGUGGUGGGGGCUCCGCUACUCUUCCAGGAAAUGUAUUUGCUAUAUAUGGUUCCAGUAAGGAUACAUGA